CUUGCAAAGGAACAUGCACGUCGUGAACAAAAUUUGUUUGUAUUAUAAUAUUCCGUAAUUAGUCGUUCAGGAUUAUUAUUUUGAAGAAGCAAAGCUUUCACUAACAAUUGCAGACAAAAAAGUUUGUGGUUAACAAAUAUCGUGUUGUAGAAUAUUGUUUUUGGCCAAACUUCGAGUAGCCCAUUUAGCGGAUGAAACCUUUCACAAAGCCAUACGCAAAUCAGGAGCUGUAGCGACACGAUAUGUUGUUCGAAGAGUGAGAAAAGAACUUACCUACAUUUUUUCUGUUUUUUAAAGAAAAAAAAUCAUUAAGCGUGAUAUCGUACCGAUCUGUUGCAGUAUUUAGAAAAUAGUGUGUAAUAUACGUGUGGAAUACGUAACAUUGAUAGUAGAGUGGAUGUGUAAUUUUGUUUUCUGUUGGCGAAAUCAUAAAGCGUUGUUUGAUUUGGUAAAAUCUACACUAAAAGCAUGAUAUUGUGUGAUGCUAGUGAACUACUGCAGGAAGCAUUAAAAAAAUCAAUGGCUAUAAAUUUUGGUGAUUAAUGAUCCAGCCUCGUUACUAAAACUACAGGAUUAUAGUGGCAAAUCAUGAAAAGUAAAAAUAAAAUAUCCAAUUCACCUGGAUCGGUAGGUGAUGUGACUGGUGCCAGCUAUCCUUUGUGCUCGAGUAUCAAAUUGGCCUCAAACGGAACUAAUCCGCUAAUUGGGGCUGGAAGUGGAGAACCUUUGGCCCUACAUCCCCUGCAGCCAGUUAAACCUCACAUCUCGUUGGACAAGUAUGAUGAGUUCCAGUUUAAAGUGCCUCCGGAAGCACCGGUAUUUGAACCCUCUGAGGAGGAUUUCAAGAAUCCUCUUAUCUACAUAAAUAAAAUAAGACCGAUAGCUGAGAAAUAUGGUAUCUGCAAAAUUCGACCUCCAUCGAGCUGGCAGCCACCUUUCACGGUCGACGUUGAAAAGCUAACGUUUGUUCCGCGCGUUCAACGUCUAAACGAGUUAGAAGCAGAGACACGCAUAAAACUAAAUUUCCUCGAUCAGAUCGCGAAGUUUUGGGAAUUGCAAGGUUCUUCAUUGAAGAUUCCUAUGGUUGAGCGCAAGCCAUUGGACCUCUAUACAUUGCAUAAAGUAGUAAACGAUGAAGCAGGCAUCGAAAUCGUCACAAAAGAACGCAAGUGGUCAAGAGUUGCUUGUCGUAUGGGAUAUCAGCAAGGAAAAAAUGUAGGAACGAAUCUUAAAGCACAUUAUGAAAGAAUUUUAUAUCCGUUUGACAUUUAUCGUUCUGGUAAAAUUAUUGAUUUGGCAAAUUUAGAAACAGAGCAAGAGGAUUGUGAAUACAAACCUCAUUCAAUCGAAGCCCGGCAGCAGGUGCAACCUCCACCCGCAACAACAGCCAGGCGAUCUCAGCGUUUUGCUCAAAUGAAUAAAUCAGCCAGUAUUGGAGCAGAGAACGACUUAUCUAGAUUCUCGCCAAAUAAAUAUCGUUUGAAAAGUAUGUAUGGCACUAGUACAAAUGGAUCGACAAAAGGAAAGUCAGACAUAACGUAUACGCCAAAUCCGCAUGAUCCAAUGGCAAAGUAUAUCUGUCAUAUGUGCAACAGAGGUGACGUGGAAGAAUCGAUGCUACUUUGCGACGGAUGUGACGCUUCGUAUCAUACUUUCUGUUUGUUACCACCAUUGCAAGAGAUUCCUAAAGGUGAUUGGCGCUGUCCGAAAUGUAUUGUAGAAGAGAACUCCAAGCCAGUAGAGGCAUUUGGAUUCGAACAAGCUCAACGAGAGUAUACGCUUCAGCAGUUUGGUGAAAUGGCCGAUCAAUUCAAAUCCAACUAUUUUAACAUGCCCGUUCACCUUGUUCCAAUAGAGCUUGUUGAGAAGGAAUUCUGGCGUAUUGUUUCGUCUAUCGAUGAGGAUGUAACUGUCGAGUACGGGGCAGAUCUACACACCAUGGAUCAUGGUAGCGGAUUUCCAACUAAAUCGUCGUUAUAUCUAUUGCCGGAAGACCAAGAAUACGCAGAAUCCAGCUGGAAUCUGAACAACCUGCCAGUGUUGGACGAGUCUAUUUUGGGGCAUAUCAAUGCGGACAUUAGUGGUAUGAAGGUACCAUGGAUGUAUGUUGGAAUGUGUUUCGCUACAUUCUGUUGGCAUAACGAAGAUCACUGGAGUUAUUCUAUAAACUAUUUGCAUUGGGGUGAGCCAAAAACGUGGUACGGUGUUCCUGGAACAAGAGCUGAAGAUUUUGAAGCGGCCAUGAAGUUGGCAGCGCCAGAGUUAUUCCAAUCUCAACCGGAUUUGCUGCAUCAACUAGUAACGAUAAUGAACCCAAACAUUCUCAUGAACUCUACUGUACCAGUGUACAGAACCGAUCAACAUGCUGGUGAAUUUGUUGUAACAUUUCCACGUGCAUACCAUGCUGGGUUCAAUCAGGGCUAUAAUUUUGCUGAGGCGGUAAACUUUGCUCCUGCCGAUUGGAUGAAAAUGGGUCGAGAAUGUGUGAAUCAUUAUUCUAAGUUACGAAGAUACUGCGUAUUUUCUCAUGAUGAGCUGGUGUGUAAAAUGGCACUUGAGCCUGAUCGAUUGAAUCUUGGAAUAGCGACCGCAUGUUAUAUCGACAUGGCAGAAAUGGUAGACACCGAGAAAAAGCUAAGAAAAAAUCUUCUAGAAUGGGGUGUUACAAACGCGGAACGGGAAGCAUUCGAGCUACUAUCGGACGAUGCAAGGCAAUGCGAAAUCUGCAAAACGACGUGUUUUCUCUCUGCGGUCACCUGCAAAUGUACUACGAAUCUAGCUUGCCUCCGCCACUUUGCUGAACUCUGCGAUUGCCCCUCGGAAAAUCACACUCUCAAAUAUCGUUACACACUCGAUGAGUUACCGUUGAUGGUACAGAAGUUGAAGGUUAAAGCGGAGUCAUUUGAGAAGUGGCUGUUCAAAGUACGAGAUGUACUUGAUCCGGCAAUCCAUACUAAUAUCACCUUAGAGGAAUUGCAGGAGAUUGCUCAAGAGGCAGAAACACAAAAGUUUCCAAACAGCGUCAUUCUAGAACGACUAAAUUUCUCCAUACUGGAAGCGCAAAAGUGCAUAACUGUGAUUCAGCAGCUCGAUAUAAACAAAAUUCGUACAAGGACACGAAACACUGCUGAGUGUGCCAAGUACAAGCUUACAUUAGAAGAACUUGAUAUGUUCGUAAAUGAAAUCAACAAUUUACGCUGUAUAAUACGCGAAGGAGACAGUGUACGCGAACUGCAAAAAAUUGGUAAAGAAUGGGUAAAACAAGUUGAAGGUGCCCUGAAAGCUCGAUUUAAAGAUACCAAUAUCCAGCAGCUGACGCACCUAAUUGAAGAAGGUAACUCACUAUGCAUCGAAUUGCCGCAAAUUGUGCUGCUGAAAGAUCGACUCGCCCAAUUCAAAUGGUACAAACAAGUACGUCUGCUACGAGAAAAUACAAUCGAUCGCCUAUCGUUGGAUGAAAUUAAAAAAAUGCUUGAUGACGGAAUGAAAAUCCUCCCACAUACAGUUCUGGAGAAGGAAUUGGCGGAACUCCAUGGAAUUAUGUUGCAGAUUGUAGAUUGGGAACAAUCUGCCAGCCAAUGUUUCAAGACGGAGACUCGUCACAAAAUCAGCGAAAUCGAAAGUCUUUUGGAAAGGGCUCAUCUGAUUGAAGAUUUUCUUCCAUCACACAGUCAACUACGAGAUGCUUUGCAGAAAUCGAAAGAAUGGCUUCACGCCAUCGAGUCACUAGAGCGUAAUGAGAACUGCAACUUUUUCCACACAUUGCAGAACAUUGCCAAUCGGGCUAAGUUGCUGCCAAUGGAAGCCGAACGACAGAAGCUGUUUGAGAGCAUGGGGGCAGACAGAGAUGGCAAAUUAUCGUUGUCAUGUUUUGGGUAUGCUGAAUCCGCCGCUAGCAGUGGAAUCAAGAGGAAACAAAUGAGUAACGUUGAUGAAGUAAUCAAAAAAAUUAAAGAUGAUCCAUGCAUCACAGAGCUUGACGAGCAAAUUUUAAAAGCACAAAUACUUUGCUGGAACGAUAAAAAUAAAGUUAGUGCACUGAGUCUGUCCAGUUGGUAUACUAGCAUAGAAGAAAAAUUCGGUGAUAGCAAGAUUGUUUAUCACUGCGGAAAGUGUUCCGAAAUUGCGAAGAAAAAAACUAUCAAACUAUACAAGGAAGAGAAAAAAGAGUCUUUGAAAGAGCAGCUAAAACCAGAUCUGGACUUCAAAGUGGAAAUUAACCAGUUGGAGGAAGACACUCAAAUAUCGCGGGAAAGCUUUGAUGACUUCGAAGAUGAAGAUAAUGAGGGCGACGAUCAAAUGAGCGACCCAGAUAAUCAAAGCGAUCGAGACAGUGAUAAUAGCCACGCUGAGGAUGAAGAGGGAGCAUGUGAUGCUUUUGUUGGUGAUAGUGAAGACAGUAAUUUGGACGAUUAUCCGAAUAAGCUCGACUUGGAUGACGGAGAGAAAAGUACCAGCUUCGCAAAGCAUGCUACCGGUUCGCUGUAUAGUGACGUUAAUUCUUUCGCUGCAACAACUAGUCAACAAUGUAAAACUUCGAAGCAAAAGUUGACUACUGGUAUAAGUGAUACUUCAACGGCUGUAGUAAUGCCUACGAUAGAUCCAAGGGGUGUAAUAUUUUAGACAAAACAAUACAAACUCUUCGUGAAGUAAAUAGUACCUUUCUUAUCACAUCCUGUG